AUGGCUGACAACAGCAAGGGCAAACAGGUGGCGGUGGGCGAUGAUCUUGGUAGUGGCGGUGGUGACGGUGAUGAUAUGGCUGCCCUUGUGCAAGCAACAAAGCCCGAGCUGCCACAGCUACCACGGAGUUUGCUCAUGGCAACAUGCGCUGCCGGCACGGAGCGUGCCGUCAUCCACGAACUCAUGACCAAGCCGCACGACCUCGACUUUUCUGUGCAGCAGACCAUCUUGGAGCCUGAGGUGGCACUCAAGCGGUUCGCUUUCAUCGGCAACGCCCUUGUUCGCAUCAUCAGGGAGGAAGGCAUUGGCAAGUUGUACUCUGGGCUCGGGCCCAACGUGAUUCGCGCCAUGCUCAUGACGGCGGGGCAGCUCGCCUCAUAUGACACGUUCAAGCAGCUGCUGCUGACAACAACUGGCGGCCUGUUCAAGGACAACCUCGUCACCCACUUCACGGCGUCGACGCUUGCCGGUGGCGUUGCCACGCUGCUGACACAGCCGGUCGACGUGGUGAAGACGCGCGUGAUGGCAGCGACCCCGGGCACAUACAGCAGCGCGCUGCAGUGUGCGGGCAUGACGCUCAAGCAGGAAGGACCGCUCGCCUUCUUCAGGGGGAUGGUGCCUGCGUUUACGCGUCUGGGCCCACAAACGAUCCUCACGUUUGUGUUUCUGGAGCAGUUGCGGCGAUUGCACUACUACCUCACGCAUGGUGAUGACAAGCCCGUCUGA